CUUCUUAAAGCUUAAAUCACCUAUUGUGGACUGACACUUAAACAAAUCUUAAAUAAGUGAUUAAUUUCGAAACAGAAAAAGACAGAAUUCUUUUUCACUAUUCAGUGUUACGAACAUAAAAGUUUAAAAAUUGGCAACCAUGAUGCAAAACACAGUCCGACUCUGUUUCGUAGCUGUGUUGAAAUGUGUUGUGUUGUGUCGUAACAGGAAAGCACGUAUAGCGACACUGUGACUUGGUUUAUACCCAGCCGUUCAACCCCGAUUCACUUCGGAAUGAAAUAAUAUUUCUUAAGUAUAAACGAAUUAAUUUUGAUCCACUUUAAUUCUUUCUUUAAUUCUUCUUCUUUUCUUAGCGCAGUAAGAUCAAUCCGCUGUAACGUAAUCCGUGUAAACGCUCCCUAAAUCCACUUCAUUUUGAAGUGAACCGGGAUUAGACGGCUAAGUGUAAACUAAGUUUAUGUUACACUAUAUCGCUGGAAAGCUCUCCUUAAAUAUAAGAACGGACUAUGAAUACCAGCCUAUAUGUCAAAAUUUGUUUACAUAGAUUAGGAAGUACAAGACCGAUUUUGGAUUUUUUGCUGUUGGCAAUUCUGCUGGCAAAUUAACCGAUAGCGUUAACCGGAGUUAAUGGCCCUCAGUCAAUCAUGGCCGAAAUCUUCAAAAGCGGCUUAGUUCGGAGAGAUGAGUGUUUGAUUGCUUUUAUGAUAGUAGGAUCAGCUGAAUUAUGUGACAAGAUAUCAAAGGGUUUACAUCAAAGUGCAAAGAAAAGAAAGUGGCAUAUUUGUAUACAUCAGUGUGAAUCUAUUGUUGAUGUUAUAAAAGCAAAAUUGGAAAUCUCUGUGGAUUUUAUUAUUUUUGCUUUUAAUUUAAGAAUUUUGAACACCUUGUCAGAAAUAGAAGCUAACAUAGCCAUAAUAGAUGAGAACUACAUCACUUCUGGUGCAGUUUGUUUGGUGAAUUGUAAUGGGAUAUCUAAUGUUACGGGAUUAAUCUAUAAAUCGAAGAAUCUUUGUCAUAAAUACAAUAUUCAUUUUCUCUCUACUAAUAUUUCUAAUACACAAGCCUGCAUAUAUUUAGGAAGCAGAAUUUUAAAUAUAACAGAAGGAGUAUUAGGAUUAACCAGUGGUAUACCAGUUAUUGGAACUGUAGUAAAACACAAUUAAAAUGUACAUACAGAGAGCUGAAUAAUUUAUUGAUAAUUUAAAAA